AUGGAGAUGAAGGUAUGGAUGGUGGGGAGGAAGAAGAAGGAGAAGGUGAACUUUGUACAGAGGAAGGUGGAGAGGAAGGAAAAGAAGGAUCUGAUCCUAAAAUUAAAGUAGGAGAAGAGAAAAUGGAAGAAGACGGAGCAAACAACGCGGAAAAGAAGGCUCCAGCAGGAAAACCAGAUACUAGAGGACGGGGACGAGGACGUCCUCCUCCUUAUCCUCUUUUCAGACAUCCAAUACGCUUCCCCUUCGGACCCAGAGGACCUCAUCCCCCGGGAAUGCGUGGCAUGCCCCCCUUCCGGUUCAGAGGACCUCCGGGAAUGCCGCAUCCCGGCUAUCGAGGGCUUCCUGGAUUCAGGGGUAGAGGUCCUCCACCUAGAAUGGGACAUCCCUUCCCACCCCGUCCUCCUCCACCUGGGUUCUGUCCUCCCUUUAUGCGAGGACGUCCAGGAAUGAGGCCGCCCAUGGGACAUCAUCCUCCGCCCUUCCCCCGGGAGUGGGAUGGAGGAUGGGAUGAAUGGGAGAAUCACGAGGAGCGGGGGAGGGGCCGGGGAGGAGAUCAACGGAAUAAGAAGAGCCGGGGGGCCAAGAAUCAAAUACAGACAGUGAUUGCUGGGUCGGAUAAUAACACGGUGAAUAACGGCGGUAGGAAACGCCCGAACAAUAUGGGGCAUAGUGAACACCCGCCGAAAAGACAAAUGACAAACAACUCCCGCCAACCAGUCCGAGGCGGUUAUGGACAACCACCGCCCCAGAUAAAACAAAAUAAUGUGCAACGGGUUCAGCAGGGGCGUGUUCUAGUUGGUGGGGAUACUGGGUUUAGUAUGGGUCAAUGUCACAGUAAUCUUAGAACUAUUCAAUGUGUAGAUCCCCCUCCACCGCUGCAGGUGUCCCGAGGACCUAAACAGAUUAUUCAUAAUCCUAGUCCAACACUCACCUCGGUUCCUAUACAGAUGGAUUGCGAUUCAUCCCCCAGGUGAGCAGAAGAGCGCCGUGGUUGAAUUCCGUGAGUCUGGUUCUGCUGAUCUAUUCUCCAGGUCACACAACAGGAAGAUGAUGGACCUUGCCAUCAUCACUGCCACCCGGCUCAUGUAGGAUAUACAGACAACAUUCUGGAUAUACAGACAACAUUCUGGGUAUUCAGACAACAUUCUGGAUAUUCAGACAACAUUCUGGAUAUACAGACAACAUUCUGGAUAUACAGACAAUAUUCUGGGUAUUCAGACAACAUUCUGGAUAUUCAGACAACAUUCUGGGUAUUCAGACACCAGUCUGGAUAUACAGACAACAGUCUGGGUAUUCAGACAACAUUCUGGAUAUACUGACAACAUUCUGGUUAUUCAGACAACAUUCUGCAUAAACAAACAACAUAUAUUUAGAUUUCAAGUCACAAAAGGAGCGACCAGAAUUAUCAAAAUUGAAAGAUUUAUCUUUAAAUCAACGGUUAAGAUCUUAAAAAACGGCUUAAUUAGUUUCGAUCCCGUUCUUAAUAGUUCUUUAAAAUAAAAACUGAUAGAUGAAAGGGGUGGGGGUUUAAACGCUUUAUUUUUAAGUUUUUUGAAACCAAAAAUAUAGAUUCUAUUCAAAAUCACAUAAAAAAAUUAACUUUUGACAUGAACAUCAACAAAAAUGGAGUUCUUUUGCAAAUAAAUUUUUUAACAAUUUUCCAUGUUUAUCUUUUUUAUUGCUCACUGGCACUGCAUGCUGGUUUAAACCUUAUUUAUAUUUUUGUCGCUUUUUUACAUUCAAUA